AAAAGAGAAAAAACGCAGGGAAAUAGAUGAGAUGAGAUUGUUGCGAGAAGUAAAGAAAAAGCAAUAAGCAAUAAAGAAGAAGAAGAACAAGUGACAACGAUUUGAUUUGAUUUGAUUUGAUUGUGAGAAGAGAACAGAGCAAGUGAUUGCAAACGUGCGUAACGCUAAUAUCACAUAGUAUUUAUCACGCCACAAGAUCCAUUGGAAUCGUCAUAUAUUCUUCAAGCUUCAUCCAACAACCCCUUGUUUCUAUCUUCAAAAUUCUUAAAAAUAAAGAACAAAGUUGCGAAAUUUGAAGCAUUUAAGAGGUGGGUUUCGAAUUUGAAGCGGUUUCGUUGAUGGGUUUUUAAGGAAAAUCCCAAAUGCCGGAAAACGAUCAGCACCGUCUUCUGGGUUCAUCGGAAGAUGCAGAACUCGAUGACUUGGAGUCCGCUCAUGGAUCCGAAGCGGUCGUCGUGACGGCCAAUGGCGGUGUUGGCAGUAGCAGCAGCGGCGGCAAAGGGUUCAGGGAUUUGUUGAGGUUGUCGGGUCACCACCGUCACAGUUUCAAGCGUGAUGGAGGUAGAAGUAGAGAUCACGAUCACGAUCAUGAUCACAAUCAUCAUCAUGGUGAUUCGCAUUCGGGGUUUGAUCUUCGUUCUGGUGAUCCUUCUGCUGAUGUACUUGCCGAUAGUGCUCCGCCUGAAUGGGCCUUGCUCCUCCUUGGUUGCCUCCUUGGCCUCGCCACUGGCCUCUUUGUCGCUGCUUUCAAUAAAGGGGUGCAUGUAAUACAUGAAUGGGCAUGGGCUGGAACUCCAAAUGAGGGUGCUGCUUGGCUUCGAUUGCAGAGAUUGGCCGAUACAUGGCAUCGAAUCCUUUUGAUACCUGUCACUGGAGGGGUCAUUGUUGGCAUGAUGUGUGGUUUACUAGAAAUACUAGACCAAAUAAAGCAGUCCAGCCAUUCCUCUCAAAGACAAGGUUUUGAUUUACUUGCAGGAAUCAUUCCAACUAUAAAGGCUAUUCAGGCUGCAGUCACUUUAGGUACUGGAUGCUCAUUGGGUCCUGAAGGUCCUAGUGUAGAUAUCGGGAAGUCAUGUGCCAAUGGAUUCUCACUAAUGAUGGAAAACAACAGAGAAAGAAGAAUAGCACUUGUUGCGGCUGGUGCAGCAGCUGGAAUUUCUUCAGGCUUCAAUGCAGCAGUUGCUGGUUGUUUCUUUGCUAUUGAAACUGUGCUGAGGCCUCUUCGUGCUGAGAAUUCUCCUCCAUUUACAACUGCCAUGAUUAUAUUGGCUUCUGUUAUCUCAUCAACUGUAUCAAACGUUAUACAGGGAACACAAUCAGCUUUUACGGUGCCCGAGUAUCAGUUGAAAUCUGCUGCUGAGCUACCUUUAUACUUGAUAUUGGGAAUGCUAUGUGGUUGUGUAAGUGUGGCCAUGACUCGUUUGGUUGCUUGGUUCAACAAAUUUUUUGAGGUUAUCCAGGAGAAAUUUGGCCUUCCUACUGUAGUCUGCCCUGCUCUAGGUGGUUUAGGGGCUGGGAUCAUUGCUCUUAAAUAUCCUGGAAUAUUAUAUUGGGGUUUUACAAAUGUGGAAGAAAUUUUGCGCACUGGAAAGAGUGCUUCAGCUCCUGGAAUAUGGCUUCUGACUCAAUUGGCUGCUGCUAAGGUCAUUGCCACAGCUCUUUGCAAGGGAUCUGGGCUGGUAGGCGGUCUCUAUGCACCAAGUUUAAUGAUUGGUGCUGCAGUUGGUGCUGUGUUUGGAGGCUUUGCUGCAGAAGUUAUCAAUUCAGCAAUUCCUGGAAAUGCUGCUAUUGCCCAACCCCAGGCAUAUGCUUUAGUUGGAAUGGCCGCUACAUUAGCAUCUGUUUGUUCUGUGCCUUUGACUUCAGUUCUACUUCUGUUUGAGCUGACAAAAGAUUAUACGAUUCUGCUUCCUCUGAUGGGGGCUGUCGGUUUGGCAAUAUGGGUUCCCUCAGUGACAAACCAGACGAAGGAGAGCGAUGCACCUGAUACAAGAAACUUAGCAAAAGGAUAUUCUUCAAUUUCACAUGCUGAAGAUGAUGAGGGUAACUGGAGACAAGGAAAUGAUGGGAACGGUUUAGAACUCUGUAUUGUUGGAGAUGCAGCUGAUCUGGAAGAAAUUGAUGAGGAACUGCUUCUGGACAAUCUUAAGGUUUCUCAGGCCAUGUCAGUACUGUAUCUGAAGGUUUCGUCAUCUACAACCCUGAAAGAUGCAAUCAAAUGCAUGCAUGACAACCAGCAAAAUUGUGUGCUGGUUGUUGAUGAAGAAGAUUUUCUGGAAGGAAUAUUGACAUAUGGUGACAUUAGAAGGUGUAGGUCCGAGAAGUCUAGUGAUACUUCUAUGAGUGAUUCUGCUCUUCUGGAUGUGAACACAUGCCCUGUUUCCUCUGUUUGUACUCGAGGGAUUAGCUAUCGUGGACAAGCACGGGGACUUUUAACCUGCUAUCCAAAUACUAGUUUGGCUAUGGCUAAAGAGUUAAUGGAGGCCAAGGGCAUUAAACAAUUACCAGUAGUUAAACGUGGUGUAGAUAGCAGUAGAGAGAGGAAGCGAAGAAUUGCUGGUCUUCUUCAUUAUGAUGCAUUAUGGCACCGUCUCAGGAAAGAGAUUAACCACCGGAAGUCAGCUUAUAGAAACAGGACAGAAAACAAUUUGGAUGUGAUAACUACAAAUGGGCAUUAACUUAUGGGGUUCGCUUGCAAAAGAAAUAUUAGGUGAGAUUAUAGCAAUAAUUUCCUUUGCUGCCUUUAAAAGUGAGACCAUAUCAGCUCAUGUAUAUUUAGUGCCACAAAGGUGGUUAUUUGAUAAGGAAGAAAAUAUUUCCAACCCCCACGAAUUUUGCAUCCACCAUUCUCAAUUACAGCCUGAGAUUGUUUAGGGUACUGCAGCUUGUAAAGUAACUCUAUAAGAAGCAGAAGAUUCCUGAAUCCGAUUUUAAAACCAGAAAUCUGAGUUAUCUUAAUUAUUAUCA